AUGAGCACCGACAGCGCCGAGGAGACGGAGACCCACACGAACAUUCCCCAAAUGGAGAUCAACAUCUCGAACAGGAAAUCCAAUGACGAGAUCGUUUUGAAUGACCUGCUGCUCAUGGAGCUGCUCUGCCGCUACCCCUUCCUCUUCAGCCGCCAGGUGGAGCCACACGAGGACGAGGACUACGACUCCUGGGGAUGGGAACAGCUGGCCAAGGACUUUAACCAGAGCUACGAGGGCGCGGAGCAGAGUGCUCCGUUCUCGGUGAGCGAUCUGCAGUCGCGGUGGAACAAACUGCGUCCUUUGAUUAGUUCCUUGGCCAAGGCGAAGGGUCAGAUUCCCGAGUCCCUGUGGCGGGUGGUGGUCAAUGUUCACAAUCGAAUGCUGGUGGAGAAGCCGGUUGAAGUGCCGCGCACCAAGUGCCAGGACUUCUUCCUCGCUCAGGCGCCCUUUCUGGAAUCUCUCUCCCUGCUGGAUCGCCGGCGUUUGGAGGUCGAGGUUCUGGACCUCAUCCUGCAGGAGGAGCAGCGGGAGAAGGCCACCCACACCAUGGGCCCCAAGGAGCAGGAGGCCGCGCAGAGCGAAUACGAUGAGUUUCUCAAGGCAAUAAGGGUAAAGGAGCUUCCAGCCGACACUCUACUCCGCCUGGCAAUGGACGGAUUCUGCAUUACCCCGAAGAUCUUGAAGUCGGAUAAAUCGGCUAUGGUGAUUAGCAAUGUCCAGACUGUCAAUGGAGCAAAGGAAUUGGAGAUCAAGACGGAGGCCCCUGAUGAAGCUGCGAAAAAAUCCGAAAAUCCCCGCUACGUGCCAUUGAAAAGCGCCAAAUAUUACAUUAAAAAGCUUCGCAUUCGCAUUAAGCGAUUAGACUUGGACGACCACCUGCCACUGGCCAGCAUCCGACGAUCCAAUCGCUCUGCGCCGAAAAUCUGACUUGGUUUCGUAUCAAAUGCACAUAAGUUUAUUAAAAAAUACAUUACUAUAAAUUA